AUGCGCGCUUAGCCUCGCGUUGCCUCCGCGUAAGAUCACUGCUUAGGUCCCGCCCCCACCACGGACCAAUUAUUAGGUCAGGUGGGUGGAGCCAUGCGAAGCGAGGCUGGCUAGCUUACGUCACCGUCCUUCUCCUGGUUUGUGCCUGUGUGCUGGUGCUUGUUUUAGUCAUCUGGCGCCUACUCGCGCGCGGGGCCAACUAUGGAAGAGUCGACCGAAAACGUCCCGCAGUAGUAGGAGCAGCCGGUAGAAGACAAGGAAGGAGAAACAGAAGCCGGCUUGCCGACUUUCUUCCAGAGUAAGCAGCAUUGUAGAUUUGUUUAUCAAGAAGAUAAUAAAAACAAAAUGAUGUCCACUUCAAGCGACUUCAGUGACCCAGUUUACAAAGAGAUUUCUCUGACGAAUGGUUAUAUCAAUAGAAUGAGUAGAGAUGAGCUUAGAGCUAAACUUGCUGAAUUCAAGCUCGACACCAGAGGAGUGAAAGAUGUUUUGAAAAAGAGGCUGAAAAACUACUAUAAGAAAGAAAAGUUAAUGCAAAAACAGCCUAUGAAUGCAGAUAAUUACUAUGAUUACAUCUGUGUUAUUGACUUUGAAGCAACAUGUGAAGAAGGAAAUCAGCCUGAAUUUACCCAUGAAAUCAUUGAAUUUCCUAUUGUUUUGUUAAACACUCGGACACUAGAAAUUGAGGACACCUUUCAACAGUUUGUGAAACCAGAGAUUAAUCCUCAGCUUUCAGAGUUCUGCAUUAAUUUGACGGGAAUCUCUCAGGACCUUGUAGACAAAGCAGAAGAAUUUCCAAAGGUUCUGCAACAUGCUGUGGAUUGGAUGAAACAAAAAGAACUGGGAAGCAAAUACAGCUAUUCCAUAUUAACUGAUGGGUCUUGGGAUAUGAGUAAAUUUUUAAAUAUCCAAUGUCGUGUUAGCCGUUUGAAAUAUCCUUCUUUUGCUAAGAAAUGGAUCAAUAUUCGCAAAUCCUAUGGGAACUUCUACAAGGUCCCCAGAAGCCAAACUAAACUUUCAACCAUGCUUGAAAAGCUAGGAAUGAACUAUGAUGGACGGCCUCACAGUGGACUUGAUGAUUCUAAGAACAUUGCACGCAUAGCAAUUCGUAUGCUUCAGGAUGGAUGUGAGCUUCGGGUGAACGAGAGAUUGCACAGUGGGCUACUGCUGACUGUCUCCUCCUCUGCCCCAAUAGAGGGAGCUCCUGUACCACAGAUGCCCAGGUUUCGAUAAAAAACUGAAAUUUAGUUAUGCUGCAUUGAGGACCAUACCAAAAUUUUACAAUUUGUCAUGGCACCCUGAUGCUAAUAAAGUUAGUUAAUUGUAUGGCCUUCUCAGUUGAUCAUACUAGGUUUGGUAUAAAUUACCCAGGUAGAUAAGAUGGUUUUCUAAAAAAUACAAAGUCAAACUUAAAAGCAUAAAAUUCUGCCUGCAGAAGUAACACUGUUCUUCACUCCAUCAGUAUGAAUCAGGUGAUGGCAACACCUUUGAUUCGCAUGAUGCAUUGUGUCUUUGCUUACAUUUUUUAACGAAGGAUCAGCUUGGCUUUGUGGAACACUGAGCAAAUUGGCUUACUUUCUGUUCAUAUUUCAUAACUUACUGGGGUUUUUUUGUAAGUCUUGCACAGUAGGGGUAGGUUUUUAAGUUUGUCCAUUUUAGCCCAUCUACUAAUAGAAAGAGAUUUUGUAUAGUAAAACAUUUAUUUUUUGUAUUCAAAAAUGUUCAGGGCUUUGUCUAGCCAAAAUUAGGCACUUUUUAGCUUCAUUAAAUUCAGUUGGUGACUUAAGUAUGCAACACUCUCCCAUUGAAAUCUGUGAAACUGAAAAGGAAAACUUUGGCUGGAUCAUGUUUCUGCUUAUUUUUUCCCAUUAUUAAUCAAAUAGUGUUGUGUGACUUAUUCAGGACCACUCUACCUCUUUUGUAAAAGGAUAAGUGGAGAAUCAUAUUUCCACAAUAUUUUAAUUUAAAAGUGGGUUUUGGAUUUGAUGUGAAUUUUGUGUAACUCAUUCCUAUGACCAAAGACAAACUUGUUACUCUUAUGUAUACAAAUAAUUAUGCCAAACAGUCAAAGAAGUCUAUAGACCUUUGUUUUGUUUUGUAAUAAAUACAACUCCAGUUUC